AUGUAUCUAUUGAGGGUUAUUGAAAUCAGUAUAUCAACACAGACCACUCCAGACCAUAGCGUCCCACAUGGGCCUAAUCCAGCUGGGCCUCCAUCUGGUCCAGACCAUAAUGUCCCACACAGGCCUAAUCCCACUGGGCCUCCAUCUCGUCCAGACCAUAAUGUCCCACACGGGCCUAAUCCCGCUGGGCCUCCAUCUCGUCCAGAUCAUAAUGUCCCACAUGGGCCUAAUCCCGCUGGGCCUCCAUUCGGUCCAGACCAUAAUGUCCUACACGGGCCUAAUCUAGCUGGGCCUCUAUCUGGUCCAGACCAUAAUGUUCCACAUGGGCCUAAUCCAGCUGGGCCUCCAUCUGGUCCAGACCAUAAUGUCCAAAGUUGGCCUAAUCCAAAAGGUAAUCCAGUCCCAUCUGGUCCAGACCAUGAUGUCAUAGGUCGGCCUAAUCAAGAAGGUAAUCCAGCCCCGCCACCAACUAGACUAGACCAUAACGUCCCACACGGGCCUAAUCCAGUUGAGCCACCACCAGUUGGGCCUACAAAUUCAGAAAACUUCCGGACCACUUCAGACCAUAAUGUUCUACGUGGGCCUAAUCCUGCUGGGCCACCAUCUAGUUCAGACUAUAAUAUCCCAAAUGGGUUUAAUCAAGAAAGUAAUCCAGCCCCGCCACCAGCUAGACUAGCUCAUAACGUCCCACAUGGUCCUAAUCUAGCUGGGCCACUUUCCGGGCUUACAAAAUUCCCAAAAAUAUACAAGGAGUUUGUGGCUCAAUUUGGGUUCUUCAACCCAUCUUUACGGCAUUAUCCCCUAAGUGGGCUUAAUCCAUCUCAGCCACCUGCUAGGCCUACAAAAUCAACAAAAUACAAGAAACCAGUGUUUCAAUCUAUGUAA